AUGGCGCCGGAGCGACCUGGUCGUGUUCGGACUUUUAGAUUGGGACCGUCCCCCACUGAUGUUUUUGGAAGUAGAUAUAGACAGUCACAAGAGCAGAAUCGUAUCUUCCAAACUCGAGUUCAAGAACAAAUAGUGGGAUUGGCAAGGGCAGUGAUCAAGCAUUGUAAAAGGGUGGAAGGAUUGGGUGAAGAUGGGGUUGACAUUGUUGGGACGGGAGGUGAUGGUGCAAACACCGUGAACAUUUCAACUGGUGCUUCAAUUCUUGCUGCUGCUUGUGGUGCAAAAAUUGCAAAACAAGGUAAUCGAUCAAGUUAUUCAGCUUGUGGAAGUGCCGAUGUGUUAGAAGCCUUGGGGGUUGUAAUUGACCUGGACCCAGAGAUUUGA